AUGAUAAAUAACAACUUGAAGAGAAGUCAUGUUGUUCUUCAACAAUUGAAUGUGGUACGGUCAAUUUCAAUUAAACAAUCUUCAACCAGUGGAGCAAUACCACCAAAUAAAACAACUACCGACCCUGGAAAUAUUCACGAGUCCAAAGAAUUAGUUGGACAUCACAGAAUCUUGGAAAAUGCCGAAUUUAAAACAUUGGGGACUCCCAAGACUGUCCUUUCUAUAAAUUCACCUCCUUCUGUCCCCGUCUUUGUCAGACGAGGGUCAUUAUUAUCUAUAUAUGGUCUUCUGGAAAUAUCGUCCAUUGAUUCAGUUAGAAGCACACUAGAGUUCCAAUUAUGGUGGAAAAGAUUAUUAUAUGGAGGUUAUGCAUCAACCUACCAAAAAUUAAUCUCAACUACUCCGUUUUCCAUUUUGGCUAGUUCUUCAUCGAGGAAUUUCAGCUUGUUUUCAUCAGCAAACAACAAAUCUUUUAUUAGUUUAAACUUGGAUGGUACUAAUGAUUGGGCUGUGUUGAACAAAAAUGCACUUCAAGUGUAUACGGGGAACUCCCUCCAUAUAGCAAUGUACCAAUUACCUAGAACCAUUCUGAGAGCUUUAGCUCAAUCUUUGAAGAUAUCAUCACGAACCCCAACUGGGUUAUUCUCAUGGAAACAAACAGGAUACACUUUACUCACAGGAAGAGGACAAGUUGGUCUUGUCGGAGGAGGAUCUAUUUAUAAUAUCAAUCUCGAAAAAGACGAAGAAGUAUUGAUUAACAAAAAUAAUUUAUUGGCCAUUACUGUCAAUGGUUCUCGUGAUUUGCAAAAUUGUAUCGUUAAAUAUUCAUUCCCAUUACAGCAAGAAAAACCAAUAACUAAAGAAAUUGACCCAUUCGUCAAUUUCAAACCAACUAACCGAUUCAGUGUUCAAUUAUACAAUGCCCAACAUACGAUUAAAAAAGUAUGGAAAACUAUAAGCGAAUAUGUAUUAUGGAGAAAGAGAGACACUUUUAAUUUCCUUGUGGGAAAUCAAGAAUUUAUCAGAGUUAUUGGUCCUAGAAAUAUAUUAUUGCAAUCAAACAUUGGCAGCACACCAGCAAUCAGAUCCAAUUUACCAUCUGGCGCAACCAGUGCAGCACCAACUCCAACUGAACAAAUAAUACCAACUAAAGAAAAGAGUCCAGAAGAUUAUUUAAGCUAUGUUACCAUUGAACCAGGCAAGGGAGCAGUUUUCAAAAGUACUCCUGACUUUUCCGAGACAGUAAAAGAGAUUGAAACUCGUAAUAAAAACUAG